AUGAAAUAUUUACUCAGCGUUGCUGUUCUCGCCCUUUCAGCCAUUGUGGGCUCUCUUGCAGCUCCUCCACCCCCGCCGCUUGAUUGCAGUGUGGUCACUCCUGUCAAAAACGACGUAUGGGUAAUGGGAAAACCACAGACUGUAACCUGGAGUUGCAAGACUGCUGGCCCAUUAGAGAACCAGUCCAAUCAAUUGCUCAUGCAUAUUGAGCUUGGCACUGGAACGGCAGAUACGUUUGUCUACACAGACACACUCGACGCGGCGGCUAAACUUCGAGAAGUCAAAUUCACCUUUAUCCUCCUUACCAAAUAUACACCCGGAGAUUAUAUCCUCCGUCUGCGUUCCAAGAAAAAGGGUGACGUUGACCCGGUAACUGCUGAAGAGGCGAAUAAAUUCAAGUGGUCAUACUCUCCAAGUUUCAAAAUCGUCAGUGCUGGUGGAGCCCCAAACCCUGGACAGGUUACAACUGGCGGAAACAAUACUACAACAAAUAAUACUAGUAGCUCGACUGGUGGCGGCUCGACUGGUGGCAGCUCGACUGGUGGCAGCUCGACUGGUGGCGGUAGCUCGGCGAAUAAUUCUACAAAGGGCCCUACAGGAAGCGACAAAAAUACUGCUGGUAUCGUGAACGUUAACUUUGGUGUGUUCUUUACUACGAUCAUGGCAGCUUUUGUGGCGGCGGCUUUCUUCUAA